AUGUGUGAAAAAAGAAUAAGCGUGAGCAGCCAUCUUUCUUGCUGUUGAAUUUGGAAGGAAGGGGUCGCGGGAUUCUCUCCAAAAUGCUGUCCCGUCUUGCUCUAAGAAAUGGUUCUGCCAUUGCAGCAAUUGCAUUAAGAUCAUCGGCACCAUGUGUUUCAGCAGCCCCACAGAAGCUGUUACUCUCAACGUCUGUCCCUCAGCGUAUGCCUAAUAAGAUGCCUGAGGAAGGAGGCAAGGUCCGCUUUGGUUUCAUCCCAGAAGAAUGGUUCCAGUUCAUGUACAAGAAGACCGGUGUCACAGGACCAUACGUAUUUGGAACUGGUAUGAUUCUGUUCCUGUUGAACAAAGAGAUCUAUGUUCUUGGACCUGAGACCGUCCAUGCUGCAGUGGCGCUCUCUAUGUUUGUUUACGGUAUCAAGAGAUUUGGACCAGGUAUUGCAGCAUGGGCUGACAAGAAGAGAGAGGAGAAGCUAGAACAAGCAUAUGAAGGACGUAAUGCUAACAUUGAAGCAUACAAGGAUGCCAUUGACCAUGAAAAGACUGAACAAUGGCGACUUGAUGGAAGAAAACAGCUCUUUGAUGCUAGGAGGGAGAAUGUAGCUAUGAGGAUGGAGAUUGAAUACAGGGAAAGACUUCAACAAGUUUCAGAGGCAGUUCAGAAGAAAUUGGAUUACCAUGUAGAGCUAGAGAAUACAAAGAGACGUCUAGAACAGCAGCACAUGGUGAGAUGGAUUGAACAGAAUGUAGUCAAGAGUAUUACACCACAACAGGAGAAGGACAUCAUGAAUACCUGUAUUUCAAACCUCAAGAACCUCGGUGCAUCAGCAUGAGAAAGUUUUCUUGAAAUGUAUAAAAUAAUCCCCUCCUCCUUAGUCUUCAAAAUAUCUGUGCAGAGUAUUGAAGUGCGUAAUACAAUGUAUUUGAUCUCCUAAAUGAAUUCAGGAAGUAUUGACCACCAUUGACUGAAGAUGUCUCUUGAAGUUUACCUCAAUGCAUUUAGGAGAUUCAACCAGGUUUCGACCUUGAAAUAGCUUGAAUAAUAUAUUAAAAUAUUUGUUCAGAUGCUCAUCUCACUUUGCUUCCAUAAUCCCUCAAUUUCCUCCCACAUUUGACACAGGAAUGGAUGAAAGAAAAGUUUAUCACACAAUGUAACUUCAUCUUCCCCUUUAUCUCAGUAAUAUCAGAUCUGGGGCUUAUUUUUUUUAAUAAUUACCCCCUCCAUCCCCCAAAAGAAUACAUGAAUUCAAUUCAAUUUGACAGAAACAGGUUUGAUAAGGGAGCUGGUAUUUUAUGUGUAUUGCCGAGUUUUAUAUUGCCUGUAUAAAGACAUUGGAUCGCAUUGGUUCAUGGCUGUGACAUUUAUUACUCUGCAAGUUUGGAAUUAUUAUAUGAAAUUCUGUUACAGAAUAUAGAAUAAAUGAACAUAUAGUUGUUUGAACGAUA